GCCGCCAUGAAGCUGAACGAGCGCAGCCUGGCCUUCUACGCCACCUGCGACGCCCCGGCCGACAACGCGGGCUUCCUGUACAAGAAGGGCGGCCGGCAUGCGGCCUACCACCGCCGCUGGUUUGUGCUGCGCGGCAACAUGCUCUUCUACUUCGAGGACGCGGCCAGCCGUGAGCCCGUGGGCGUCAUCAUCCUGGAGGGCUGCACCGUGGAGCUGGUGGAGGCGGCCGAGGAGUUCGCCUUCGCCGUGCGCUUCGCUGGGGCCCGGGCCCGCACCUACGUGCUGGCGGCCGAGAGCCAGGCCGCCAUGGAGGGCUGGGUGAAGGCGCUGUCGCGGGCCAGCUUCGGCUACCUGCGGCUGGUGGUGCGCGAGCUGGAGCAGCAGCUGGCGGCUGUGCGUGCAGGCGGCGGCCCAGUCCCGCCCCGCCGACCCCGCGCGCUCCCGCCCAAAGAGAACGGCUGUGCCGUGUGGAGCGCGGAGACGCCCGCCGCCCCCGCCAGCGCCGCCCCCAGUCCCCGGCCCGGCCCCGAGCCCCCGCCACUGCCGCCCCGCCGGCGGGCCUCGGCGCCCAACGGGCCUCUCGACUCGGCCUCCUUCGCCCAGCUGCACGAGUGGUACGGGCAGGAGGUCAGGGCGCUGAGGAGCCAGUGGCUCCGCAGCCAGGCCCAGCCCUGAGGAUGGG